AUGGCAGACCCGCAGCCACCGCCAGACGACGAAGAUCUGAUCCUAAGCUUCUUCCCCGACCCCCCACCUUUCUACAAGCACUUCACCACGGAGAACGUGAAGCGACUGAAGGAGAUUGAAGAAGAAGCCACAUCCGAUAAUGACGACACAAAAACCUCUUCCACAACGAAGCUCACGACCGAGCAAAUCCUCGCUCUACCAACCGAACUGCGCUACCUAAUCCCACCUGAACCGCCCGGCGACGACGAUGAAUUCCACGUCUUCGACGUCGUCACAAAAGCAAAAGGCACAAACGUCUUCAUGAAGAACAUGGAAUACAUAGCGCACAACCUCGCCCUAGAAGGCGUCUUCACAGACUGGACGUACGAGCAACUCUACCCCUCCGGCGACGCUGGGACUGGGGCUGGCGACACCGACCCCUCCUCCCCACAGCAACAACCCACAACAACCACAAACUCGGCGACGCUCGACCGCCAAAACUACCUUUUCCGCUUCUUACGCAGUAUACUGCUAAACUACAUCUCACUACUGGGUAUCGUCGCCUCGAACCCCACGUCCGACGCGAAGGAGCAGAAGCUCAAGGAUAUCAUGACCAUGGUUGCAAAUAUGCAUGCGCUAAUCAACGAGUAUCGGCCGCAUCAGGCGAGACACACGUUGAUUGAGCGGAUGGAGGAGCAGGUGCGGCGCAAGAGGGAGGAGGUGGAGGGUGUGAGGCGCAUGGGGGAGCAGGUUAGGGAAGUGCUGUCGGGGUUUGGAGCGGUUGAUGGCGAGGAUAAAAGUGUGGUGAGAGAGGUGGAGGUGCAGGAUGGGGCCUUGAGAGAAGAGGAGGCGAGGAGGGAUGCGUUCAGGGGGAUGUGGGAGGCGGCUGAUGAGGUCGUGGUGUAG